AUGAAACCAGGAAAUCACACCAGAGUCUCAGAGUUCCUUCUUCUGGGCCUCUCUGAGCAUCAGGAGCAGCAGCCUUUCAUCUUUGGCAUCUUCCUGGGCAUGUACCUGGUCACUGUGGUGGGGAAUAGUCUCAUCAUCUUGGCCAUUGGUUCUGAUCCACGCCUCUACACCCCCAUGUACUUCUUCCUGGCAAACUUCUCCCUCACUGACUUAUGUUUAUCAUCUACUACAGUUCCCAGGAUGCUGGUGAACACCCAGACUUGUGUACAUACUGUUUCCUAUGCUGGAUGCCUGUCCCAGAUCCAUUUCUUCCUGUGGUUCAUUGGUCUCGAUGUUUUCCUCCUGGCAGUGAUGGCUUAUGACCGGCUUGUGGCCAUCUGCUAUCCCCUUCACUACUCCUUGGUCAUGAGUCCCAGAUGCUGCACCCUUAUGGUGGGCAUGUCCCUAGUCCUUGCACACUCGUACUCUCUAACUCACACCAUUCUGCUGGCUCAGCUGUCCUUCUGCACUGACAACACCAUCCCCCACUUCUUUUGUGAGCUUCUUCCUCUGCUGAAGCUCUCUUGUUCCAGUACUUAUGCCAACCAGUGUGUGUUGAUGUACUGGGGAGGGGCGUUAACCAUCUUGAUCCCCUUGCUCAUAAUUCUGUCCUAUAUUCGCAUUGUGGCUGCCAUUGUGAAAGUCCCGUCAGCGAGUGGGAAGUGGAAAGCCUUCUCUACCUGCAGCUCCCACCUCUCAGCAGUUUGCUUGUUCUAUGUGUCUGCUAUCGGGGUAUACUUCAUUCCCUCUACUGCAGAUUCAGCCAGCAAGGACAGGAUUGCAGCAGUGCUGUAUGCUGUGGUGACCCCCAUGCUGAAUCCAUUUAUCUAUGGCCUGAGAAACAAAGAUAUGAAGAGUGCCUUGAGGAAAUUCCUGAGCAGGAAAGUAAUGCACUCUUCAUGA